AUGAACUACACUGACGACUCAUCCGGUGGCGUCUCUUCUACACCAUUUAUCGUAUCUACACUGCUCUAUGGUAUGCAGAACUCCUCGCUUAGUACCCGAUUAUCGACUGAGCUCAGCCGUGUAACAGGAGCAUACAUUGGUCUGGCUCUGCCGUGUACUGGGAUCUUGAUACAUCAAUCAGCGAACUCGAGAACGCCCAAAGUCUUCCUUUUCAUCCACAUCUUCAUGUUCUCAGUAGCUACAAGCUGGUGGGCCUUGACUUUUGCCAUCUACCAAGGCAUGCUGGAGACAGCCUCGGGCCGAGCAGACAGCCUGGGUACCUCUAUUACAACCAGGAUCAACGUUGUUAGACAAUACUUGCCGCUAGCAAACUACUUAGUGCAUGAUUUUGUUGUGGUGUGGAGGGUUUGGUCACUUUCUGCUCGUCGAGUCAGGAUCGGAAUCGUUGUCGUCGGUAUGACUACGAUAGUGGUACUAAUAUCCCUCAUUGUCGCGUCGAUAUCUGCUGCGGAUGUGUGGCCCGACGCUCUGCAUUACUGGAUGGAUGCCACACCCGCAGGAUAUUUAGCAGAGGUCGCCUUCGGAAUGACCCUAUUCACCAACAUAUGGGCCACGGCAAUGAUCGCAUUGAAAGCCUGGUCCCAUCGAAAGUUGAUAUAUUCAACUGAAAAACGCUGGAAGACAAGGACCACGACGCUGAUCCAAGGUGUGAUGCUGCUGCUUGUGGAGUCGGGGGCUUUGUACUGCGCGAUAUGGGUAAGGCUACCCCUCCAUCCAUUGCUACCUCUAUCAAACUCAAUCAUGGGACCGCGUGGCCUGACUCUGGCAUCUCUGGAGAGAGCGAAUACUAGUAAUAUGUACCCUCAGCUAAGAGACGAAGUCGAGCACAGUGGUCUUUUAACGUUUUUGGCAUCCUUGCACCUCAGCAUGGUUUUGAUUGCGGGCAUCUACCCAACGACCAUUAUUGUUUUGAUCCGCCUCCAGAAGACAUACCGCGACUGUUCACCCUCCAUCCCGUCCACAUUCGUCACCUUGGAGGCAGACAGCUCAUCCCAUCAUGCCUCGGACCUUCCAACGAUACCGCCCUCAAUUUCCACUGCUGCUUCGUAG